AUGAUCUUGUUAUUACCGCCUUUGCUGCUAAAUCGAGGCCUUGCAUCCGUGGGGCCCGAUCCGAUUGGUUACGGCCCGAUCAUCCAUGAGCCCAGCUGUGAAGUGGGACGUGACAGUAGUAGUGGACACGGCGGUGGAGGUGAAGGUGCUGGAGGAGGAUAUGGGAAGGGAGGUGGAAGUGGUGGUGGACAAGGUGGUUUAGGUGGUGGAGGAUAUGGAAAAGGAGGUGGAGGUGGCGGUGGACAUGGCGGUGGAGGCGGACAAGUUGGUAUAGGAUAUGGAACAGGAGGUGGAGGUGGAGGUGGCGGUGGACAAGGUGGUGGAGGGCAUGGUGGGAGUGGGUCUGGGUAUAGAAACAGAGGUGAAGGUGAAGGUGGAGGUGGAGGUGGACAUCCUUAA